GUUUCGCGUUUAGUCAGUUUGUGAAUACCGUAGCGUUUGUACGUGGUAUUUGGCAUAAUUCUUCGCGAACGAACAGUGAAUGUGCGUGGUAACUGUACACAGGGAACACAUAUAUCUGAGAUAAGAGCUGAAAUGUGCAAAUAGUGACAAAAUUAUCAAGAGCCUUUUAUUUGGAAGCCGAUUAUAUUUUACGGAGAUAACGAUGCCGCGACUGGAAAACCCCCCAACGGAGGACUUCCGUAGAGUGUUACGUGAAAAGGCAUUAAGCCACAGCUUGUUUUAUUUGAAGCUGGGCGCCGGCAUGACGCCGGAUGUUGCUCGCGAGCCGCAGUCGCCCACAGCGCGGAGGCCGAGCGGCAGUGCGGUGGCGCGCGCGCCGCCGACAACCCGCUUCCAACGACACGCGCAACCACGUGUCUCCGAGCUCUUGCGUCGCUUCGAACCCGCUCCGAUGCAGUACUUGCGGCCCCCUCGCGCGCCCUCACCGUCCGACGACAUCUCCUCAUCGGACGACGACGACAGAGCUGCCGUCAGAAGACGCAGCCGAGACCUAAGCGACGAUUCCGCCGUUGAGCUCGAGACUAGGCUUAGGAGGCACUCGCAUCCACGCGAUAUUACCCCUCCACCGGAGGCCAUGUCGCCGAGACGGGAGAGGACUCUCGUAGAGGCGCAUGUGGUAGAGCUGGGCAGGAGAGGCAGCGAAGGCUGUGAAACAAGAGGCCGUACGGUCAGGACGCCCAGUGUCGUUGUCAGCGACUACUCGGAUGGAGUUGCAGUGGGUGCUACAGAAGAAGAAGUGAAUUGGUUGAGGUCCAGGUCUCUGUCGGCGGACUCCGCGUGCUCGUCGUGUUCGACUCUGUCUAGUCGCGAAGAUGAGGAGUUCGAAUCGCCUACGAUGCCAAAAAAGAUGAUAAACGCUGAUUGAGGGCACGGAUGACACUUGAGCGACCUGCGGGCUUGCGGGGACCCCUACUGUCAACUGUCACCUGCGCUGCAUUACCGGAAUAGUAUACUUAUGGGAGAUUAAUUAAGCUAAACCAUAAAUGAAGAAUCUAUAUGAAUCAAACUAGAGGCUAAAAUAACGGAUAUAGCUUAGAUUUACUAAGCGUAAAGCUAAACUUAGAACUGAAAGAUUAGAAAGUCGGACCAAGUAAAAGUUUUAAGGUUUACACAAACUGAUUAUGAUGCUAAGCUGUUUAUGAAUGUGUCUAAAAAAAAUAUCAUCACUAUGAUUGGUUUGCUUGAAAAUGUCCGCUUCGAGUUUUAUCAUAAAAUAAUUGAAAUGAAUGUAUUGCUUUCAAAUGUGUUCACAAUUUAUUCGGUUGAGAAAAAUACGUACAACUUUGAUCUAAAUUUGAGUCGAAAUCGUGAUGCAAAACCUCCUUCAUUGAUACGAUUAAUAGCUGGGACCAAAAUAUAGCGUAUCUAGUUUUAAAAGUUCCGGAAUGUUCCGUGAAUAAAAAUCAAAAUUAACUAUGUUUAUCUCGAAAAUAACAUCUUUUUUGUUAAAUUGUGCUGAUUCUGUAUCGCUAGUGCGCUGUGCGCCAUUGCGUUUUUAGUUACGUACAUAUAUAUAAAAUUUCUUUAUUAGAUUUGUGAAGAAAAUAAAUGGUUGUUAGAAUAGAAUAUUUAUUACUAAGGAGGUUAAUAAGCAAAAAUACGCUAAAAGAACCUAAUUUCAGUAGUUAUUUCAAUUAUAUUCAGAAAAAUCAUAAUUCUAUUUAUAUAAAGUUAUUACCUUCAAUGAAAAGGUUUAUUAAGAAUUUUGCAGAAUUAGGCUCUAUCAUAAGGAUUAUUCAGGCUAUUUGUUAAGGUGUUAUUUGUUAAGUUUAAAUUUUCAUUUGAGCCAAGAAAUCCGCAUUCUCGAUAUCCUCUGUUUGCGCAUACAGUCUAUUGAAGCAUGUAUUUGCUUUGUUUGAAUGUUUCUUAUCUUCUCCUGAGCUUUAUGAACUAUAAAUUAUUAUUAUUUAUUUAAUUUUUUUGACGUUUCUAUUAUGAUCUUCUUUUAUUUAUUGUAUACUUUUUCUAUGUAACGUAACUAUAAAAGGCACAUUCCAGUUUUAUGUAUAUAUUGUUGUUGUUAUUUAUUUAUUUAUGUAUGUAAUUUUGAUAAGAUGCGUUUUAAAAUGUUGAAAAUUAAUUGUUUAAUUGAUUGUUUGAUGAAAGAUCGCAUUUCAGUUCAAUGCCUAUGAUAUAUGUAUUGUAGAUAUAAAAAAAAAACAAGAAAUCACGAGAAAACAUUCUAGAUUAGGGCAGCUGAUAAUAAAAUGAUUGCUUAAUUUUAUUUAAUAAUAUUCAUAGGAUCAAAUAGCAGCUAUAAACUAUUGUUCUUACUAUUUUUAAAAUCUUAAAAAAUAUAUCUAUAAGUAUUUCUGUUAUUAUCCGAGUAUUAUUUUGAGAAUAGAUUUACUUACAUUUAAUAUAGGUAAUUUUAAAAAUUAUUUACUAAUUUUCAAUCAAGAAUAACAAAGAAUAAUGACAUAUCAUUACUUAAUUUAGGAAUAUAAUGAUUUUUAAUUUUAAUUUUAAUUUAAAUCUAAGCAUUAAAGCUAAUUGCGAAGAGACCGUUUCUCAAUGAACUUUGAUACAUAAAAAUUUUUCACUCGAUAUUCCAUUUAUUAUUUUCAUUAUUUAAUUUCCUACUUUUCGUUCCAAUAUUCGUUUUUGUUCGAACUACCGUCUAUUUUAAAUUAUUACAAACAAAACUGCGUGAGACGCGAGAUUAAAUUUAUGUAUUAAAUUUUUAUUAUGUCUAUCUAAGUAAAUGCAAUUUUUCGAAUACUAAGCUGAGAGAAUGCAGUGUCAUUAAUGUGUUUACUGUGAACCGUAAAUUAAUGUUGAUAUCAGUCAUGUAAGCUGUUUUAAACUUAGCACAGACUAGGCAAAAAACAAUUAACAUUUUUUUUAAUUAAAUGGGAGAUGGGUAUAUGAGUCGUCUAUUAUCAAAGGUGGCAAUCUGUGCAUUUGGACAAAAAAAA